GUGCAGCUCCAGUCGUACAGUCCGUAUCGGUUGGUGAACGGCGACAAAGUGUCGUUUGGUCCGCCAAAUCAGUCACAGUUUUGUUACCAAUUUGUGGACAAUUACUCCAGUGGUGGUCAACAGCCACUCACACAGCCCUCAUCCCAGGGCAACGGCGGCAGUGGUGUUGUUGGCACCGGUAGUAGUAGUGGUGGUGGUGUUGGUAACGGUUCCGGCAUAUCGUACGAGUUGUCGGCCAUCGGACUGACCACUAGUCUGCCCACUGUUAUACCGAUCGUUACCCGCAUCCAGACGAGCACCGGUAGCGGCGCAUCGGUUGGUGGCCUCACAGCCUCUGGUUAUCGGCACUCAUCGUCGCUGAGGCUGGAUAUCGACGCCAAUCAGAGCCGAACCAUUUCGUUGACGGCCAAUAUGCCGACCACUCGCAGCGGCAUUAACUACAGCCUAUCGACCACUACAACCACAACCAAUACGAGUCGCGGCACCCGAUCUCCCCGUAUGUCUACAGGCGGUGGCAGCGGUUCCCACACAUCGGGAUCCGGUUGGAGGUGCGGCACCACAUUCAGGACCAGUGGUAACCCAUACGUGGACCACGACUACAGUAAUCGCGGCCAGCAUUCGUCGCCCGCACCCAAAGCGGUCAAAGCCGCCCGUUUGGCGCGCAUACGAGAGGCCAUCUGUCGAUCGCCACUAACUGUGGCACCGAUGAUGGCGAGGGGCGAGUCGUCCACAGCGGCGGCCAAAAUGGUGUCCGAUUCGGAACGCAAACGCUUUGACAAAGAGUUGGCCAAAUUGGAGCGCACGAAGCGGUCGCUGGAGGAGCGCUCGGCCGGCGAGAUGGAAAAGAUCCGGCGCCGGGAGUCGCACCUGAACCGCAAACAACUGGCGCUCGACCGCAAGGAGAGAGAGACCGCCCGUCGCGAGAAAGAGUUGGACAAAAUGCGCAAAGAGUUGGCCAAAGAGAAGCGCCGUCUCCGGGAGCAGCAGCUCCAGAGGGACAGCAGCGGCGAUCGUAGGCGUCAACGCGUGGCCAACAACGGCGGCCGCGACGAGCCGUGCGACUCGUCCAGUCAACAGACGGCGGUGUCGUCCACUUCGGCUAAGCGUAAGCUGCGGUCCGAUUCGGCGGCCGCCAAACGCCAGUGCAAUACCAAACACACCAAAGCCGCCGACACUGAGACGUCUGGCAACGAUAGCGACCAGACAGUGGCCGCUGACUCGGGUGUGUCGGCCACGAGUGCCGCCGCAGACACUAAGGAACCCAUGGAAGAGAUAUUUGAGUCGGAGAUGACGUGUCCGGUGUGUCACGAGUACUUCGUUCACGCCGUGAACCUCAACUGUUCGCACACUUUCUGCUUCGCCUGUAUCGAAGAGUGGAAGCACUCGAAGGCGGGCGCACACGUCUGUCCCAUUUGCCGCAAACGCAUCGAGAAUCAGAACCGGGAACUAGUGUUGGACAACUUGAUCGACCGGUUUGUGGCCAAAAUGAAACCCGAACUCCGAGAACAUCGCGAGAAACUGGUCGCUGAGCGCAAGAAACGGCUCGAGAAGAAGGCCAGUGAAGCGGCCGCGGCGGCGGAGUCCGCCUCAGCUGCGGCUCAUGGAAGUAGAGGUCGGGUUAGAGUAGACGUCGGCGGUCUUUCGCAGUUGCGAUUCUUCCUGAGCGGUGGCGGUGCCGCCGCUGAAUCAGAUCUCGACAACUAUAACGUGAUUGGCUCCGUACGGUCUGUCAGCACUGGUGGCCGCGGAGGCGGCGCCACUGCCCGUGCGAGUCAUUCGCUGGCCAGCGAUCAGUCAUCGCAUUACGACUCGGAUGACGGGUCGUCAGUAGCCUUCGAGUCCGACUUCAGUGAUAAUGACUAG